GCAGGAACCAGGAAGUCAGUGGCCUUCUUUGGAGAAAGGCCUGCUUUCGACCUGGGCAGGGUCUCCCAAUUUUGCCUUAUUCUUGACCUCUCCUUCCAAGUGGCCUCUGAGGAGUUGGCACUGAGUUGCCAAAGUGGCUGCUGGCUCCCUCCUUCACACCAAGGGCCAUGGAGAAAGGAGACCUAUUCCUCGCCGGGCUACAUCACAUCUCCUCCAACCUGUCCAGGAAGGAACUGGAAGACAUGAAAUUCCUUUGCAAGAUGAAAAUUGGGAAGAGGAAGCUAAACGAGAUAGAACAAGCGAUCGACCUCUUCACAUGCCUGAUGCAGCAGAAUUUACUUUCUAUGGGCAAUACUGAUUUCCUGAUCUCAAUGCUCCAAAGCCUAAAGAGGGAAGAUCUGAUACAGGAGUUGACCAAUUGUGUGGAAAAAAGGCCCAGUCCUGAGGAGCAGCUGGACCCAAAGGUGGAAGCCCAACUGGAGGUUGCAUUCAAUACUCUUUGUGACCAAGUGGGUCGGGACUGGAAAAGGCUGGUUCGGAGGCUUGGUAUUUCCCAGGCGGACAUUGAGAGGAUUGUUUAUGCACAACCUCAUGACCUGAAGGAACAAUUCUUCCAGUCGCUAUUACACUGGAAAAAAACAAAUGGCAAAGAAGCCAAUGUGUCCACCAUCGAAAAGGCACUUCGGGACUGUAACCUGAACCUAACAGCAGACAUCUUAGCAGAAAAGCUGGAGGAGAUGACACUCUGAAAAGGCCCCCAGCGGUGAUUACCAGAAGCCUGAACAACCACUAACAAACCACUUUUCUGAGCUAAAUUUCCUCGUUGAGAUUCAUCUGUAUAAUGAGACCUUGGUCUCCUGAGAGUUGUUCAGACCAAAUUCAAGACAGACUAGAUUCACCACACUGCUCUCCCCAUGCCCUCAUUCCACCUCUAGCCCUGGGAGCCCUGAACAAUCCCCAAAGGCCUAUAAUUAAUAGCCUUAUUUACUACCCCAGAUAUUCCCCAAAUAAGAACAAACUCCUGAAGGCAAGGCCAGAGUCUCCCUUGCUUUUCUUAUUUUUUUAUUCUCACUUGUGAGGACCUGGGGCAGCUUGGUUAAUGUUGCCCCUAGGCAGACUAAUCUGGGCCCGCGGUGUGGGCUUCUGGAACGGAAGAGCAGAAGAGUUGUUUCUUACCCUUUGACCAAGAGCUCCUGGAUCCCCCUCUGUGGACCCCUUUUAGCUGACUUGGCCUAGGAUUUUAUCUACUUUUUCCCUCCCUGUCCUUUCACUUGAGGGCAUGGAAUCUGUUUUUAUUAAAGAGAUCCUUGGUUGGAACCCUCAAGGGCCCAGGGAUCUAUUGCUCCCAAUACCAAAGGAACUGGACCUCCUGAAGGUGAGUUUAGCCUUAUUCUGCUGAACCCCAAAAAGUCAGACCCCUAAGCUGUGGAAUCAGCUCCCUUGGGAGGUGGGGAGUCUCUUUUUGGGGUCUGUCAAGUCAAUGAGCAUUUAUUUAACGCCUACUAUGUGCCUGGCACAGUGCUAAGUGCGGGGCAUGCAAAGAAAAGAAUAAGAGAGUCCCUGUUCUCAAGGAGCUCGCUUUCCCACAGGGGAGAUAACCAUUGUCGACAAAUGAACUGUGUAUGGGACAAACUGGGGGCGUUUACCUCAGACAGAAGGAAGGCGCUGGCCUCAAGGGGGGUGGUGAAAAGCUGCCUGUAGAAGGUGCUGGGAUCUUAGCUGGGAGUCGGGGGACUGAGAUGCUACAUUCCAGGCAUGGGGGACAAGCCCGUGAAAAGGGGAUGUCACCAGAGGGAUUCCUGCAGAGAUGGGCUGAUUACUGAGGUUGCUUCCAACUCUCCAAUUCCAUGUUAAUGGAGACAAGACCACUUUUGCCUUCAUGUGUACACUAAUGAAUUUUUGAACCCAAGACCCCCUAGGAGGGACCUCAGAGACCACAGUCAUCACAUUUUACAGAUAAGAAGACUGAGGCCCUUACCUCGGUUAAGCGCCUUGCCUAAAGCCACGGACUAAUUAGUGGCAGAACUGGGCCUAAAACAGACUUCUGGCCUGGUGCCUUGUGCGUUCCACCAAGCUGCUCCUGACCUCAGAAGUCACCUUCUUGGAGAACAGGUAAUGGCCAUGUGAAGGCCGAGUUCUCCACUCUUCCACCCAGGCACCUGAUAUUAAGAGCCCUAACUGUGAACUUCCCAUUCCACAGCGUGUCAUCACAUCAAGAGAUUGUUUUCACCAAAUGGUUCCCAUGUUUACUUGGUUGACCUGAAAACUACCUGAAGACUUUAAGCUUUUUGAAUAAAGGAGAUAAGUGUCAUUUCUUAAAGAUUUGGUGAUUUUAGAAGAUUACUCUGCAGGGUGGGUGAGUGGAAGAAGGGAGACCCUGAGGGAAACACAUUAGGUGAAUACUGUAAUUACCUGAAUUUGAUGGGCUGGAGACUAGCAAGAAGAGUGACCUACAAGACCUUGCUAUGGAAGAAUUGGGAACACUUAAAUGAGGUAUGGGCAGUAAGAGGCUUCGAUCCUGAGUGCCUGGGGCUUAGAAGAAGGAGGAGGCUUAUCUCCUGCUGCUGUGUGGGAUGAGCUUCCUAGUCCCGUGGGCUUUUUUUUUCAGACCCCAAAAUGCGAUUUGGGGGGACAGGAUUUCCAUUAGUGAUUAAAAAGAAGUUAUAAGGAAUUUUCAAAAUUUAAGUCAGAGAGUUAUCUAGGACACAGGGAGUUAAAAGAAUAGAAUGAAUUGUAGCCUAGUACAUCCUGGGUGGCUUUUGCUGGUGAUUCUCAGCUAGGUGAAGUGAGUGGGAGACACUGGCACAGGAUCAUGCAGUGUAGUGUGCCCACAUCAAAAAAAGCACCAUGCUCUAUGAGUGAAACAAUUGUAGUAGCUCAAAAGAGAUGUGAGAUGCACCAAUUUAGAAAUAUCUCCAGCCCAAAUGUUCAUAUGACAAAUUCAAAUUGUGCUAAAGUCUUCCGGGCUCAUAUUGGUCUGAUCAGCCACAAUCCCACAUACUGCACACUGCCUCAACAUUGUGAUAUCAUUUUGGUGCUCCAAUUACGCAUAACUAUUACAACUUAUAGACAAAAAACCAAAACUCAGUGACUCUGCCCUUGGCAGAGAGUAAUUUUUUAAAAAUUUAUUUUAUUUUUAAUUUAUGGAAUAAAACAAGCAUUUCCAUGACAUAGUA